AUGGAAGAUGAUAGGAUGACAAAGGAAAGGAUAGGAGAAAACGAGAACGGGAAAAGAAAACGUACUAGGAGACCAUGGUUGGAUGAUCUAGAGGAUGUUUGGCAAGAAUUGGAGCACUGGAUGGAAACAGCUGGCAUUGAAUGCGGGUGCAUCGGAUCGAAUUUCACGGGAGGCCGAAGUCCGCUGCCAUCAGUUGGAAGCCCCGAAGCGGAAAGUGUGACGGAAGACCGACGUGACUUUAUCACAGUUCCGACCGGAGAUCUGGCAAAGCGCAGAAGGCAGAGAGAAAAAGCGCAUCAGCUGAUUAAAACCGUUUACCUAACUCCCGCCGGCGGGAAAUUUAUCGCUGUUUGCUCAUUGGCUGGCCUAGAAAGAGAAACAUUUUAG